UUCAAUCAUUGCUUUCACCUAUGUAUGCUGUUCGAAAUUAUGCAUGGACAUAACCAACAUACUUACGCACACAUACAACUUCUGUUUUGUUAUAACAGGUAUAUAUUGUACUCUUACGGUUUAGGUUUGGAUGGCGUUCAAGUGGGGUUGUUUUUUUUUUUGCAAUUCAUACACUACUAAACGAGCGGAAGGAAUACAUAGAGACUUAAUUAGAUCAUAACUUGAAAUAGUAUGCCAACCGUAGAAGAUAUUGAUGUGGACAAGAUUUGGAGAGCGUUGGGAAAAUGGGGAAGUUAUCAAAGAAGGCAGUUCAUCAUAGAGCUGGUAGCUAUAUGGUCCUGCAGUCUACAUAUGCUCUCCAUUGUAUUCUUAGGGUUUAAACCGGACCAUGAAUGUAAAGAUGUAUUAAAUGCAUCAAGAUAUAAUGAACAUUCAAACUUGUCAACGACAAGAUUAUUCGAGAAAUGCUCCAUUACAUAUAUAACCAACGAGACAGGAAAAACUACAGUUACGAAAACUGGCUGCGCAAAUGGCUGGACAUACCAUGAUUCUGGACCAUUUCCUGAGGAACGUUCAUUCAUUUCAGAGUGGGACUUGGUCUGUGAGAAAAAGGAAUUAGCUGAAGUUUCCCAGACCCUUCUCAUGUUGGGCCAGGGUGUAGGAGCAUUAGUAUUUACCAGUUUGUCGGAUAGAUAUGGUAGAAAACGUAUUCACAUCAUAUGUCACGUGAUCAUCUUUGCUGUGGCCCUUGCAACAGCAUUUGUUCCGAAUUUCACCUUAUUUGCAAUUAUGAGAAUGCUUACAGGCGCAUUCCAACAGCUAUUGAUUGGAACACUGAGCUUGUUACUAAUUGAGAUGGUACCAACAGAAACACGAGGAACGAUAGAGGUCUGCAGUCUUCUGUUUUGGACAACUGGUAUCGCUAUAGUAACACCGGUAGCUUAUAUAUUUCGAAACUUGUCCUGGAGGUACCUUCAGAUAUGUUUGGCUUGCCUUUCAUCAUGGUCACUAAUUGAAUGGUGGCUAAUAGAUGAAUCACUGAGAUGGCUGAUAGCAAACGGCCGUAUCAAGGAUGCAAAAGCAGUCAUUCACAGGGCUUGCAAGACAAACAAGAAAAACUACGAUGAUGUAGUGAGUGUCAGCGGUUUCCGAGAGUUUGAACUAAGAUAUGAAACCAAAAUAGACGUGUCUAAAGGUGCAACAGCUACACCUCUAACGGAUAUGGAAAAAGAGGAGACUGGUGAAAACGAAGAGAAGGAAGACCUUUCUGUGAAACAGUAUACUGUUAUAGACCUUGUCAAAUCAAAAAGGCUUUUCAUUUCAUCACUGAUUAUGUGGCUUGCUUGGACGACUAACAGCAUCACUUACUACGGCAUAAUGCUGAUAUCAUCUAGUCUCGCUGGGAACAGAUUUUUGAACUUUUUUCUUGGUUCUAUUGUCGAGUAUCCCGCGGCAGCUGCGGAGCUAUAUCUAAUUACCAGAUAUGGAAGGAAGCCGGCUUCUAUUAUUUUCCAUUCUAUAUGUGGCACUGCUUUGAUCAUAGCGACUAUUUUGACCACAUCGGCGGAUGGUAACUCUGCGAUGGUUAUUGGGUCUACUGUGUUUACCUUGAUUGGAAAGUUUGCAAUAACAGGGUCAUUUAGUACAAUAUUCCUUUACACACAUGAGCUUUAUCCGACAAAUAUGAGGAACGUAGGCGUCGGUAUGGCUUCAACGGCAGCUAGAAUAGGCGGCAUGGUGGCCCCUUUCUCACGAAAUCUGGCGGAAGUUGCAGCCUGGGCGCCCGGCCUCGUUUUCGGUGUUUUAUGCGCUAUAGUAGCAGUAUCAAUGUUUUGGAUACCGGAAACUCAUCAGUAUGAGCUGCCACAAACGCUUGAAGAAUGCGAACAAUGGUACAAGGAAAACCGAUUCAAGCUCCCCUGUAACCGGAAAAAGAUAGUUCAUAUAACAGAAUCUGAACAACAAAUGUAAAACAAAAGCAAUUAAUGUUAAUAUUCCUGUACUUGAAGAAGAAUGUUUUAUGAAAUAAAAACAAGCCAUUGUCUA